AGUGUCAAGCGUACUUCUCGCUCACAUGUGAUCACAUGUGAUGCUAAGUGGUCACGGUUCUUUUUCCUUCCUUUGCUGAUAGCCUUGAGAGGCUAUAUAAGCGUUACCCUAACGUCUACGUGAGCUCUCGGGACUCAAACCGGAGGUGUUGCUAACACUGACCCUAGCGAGAACAGUGCUUCGAAGAAUCUAUCACCGGAUCGGAAACGCGACCCACUGAGAAGAUCCGGCGAGAAAUUGAGUGGGCUGUGUCUGUGGGUUAAUUUACUGUGGUCACCGUAACUCAUGGAUAUCAGCAGUGCACAUUCAAAAUUUGAAAUAUAAACGCACAGGGACAAUCUGUGGUGUGCCCUGCAGUGCGUACCAGCAGUGGAUGGCUGGAUCUAUUCCCGCUACCCUGUAGAAAGCACUCAGAAUGUCGCGUGAUGAGCAAGCAACAUGUUUGCUGCAACGGUUUUUGUACUAAGGGUAUAAAAGCCACAGCAGCAAUACAAAGCACAACCCCCGUUCAGGUCCUGAGUAGUGUAGUCGAGCCUAGUAGUACAAGCACAAGCACGAGCACAAGCACAACAACUAGUACAAGCACUUCUACCACAACUACCACGACAACGACUACAACGACUCCGAGUACCACCAGCUCGACAACAACGACAACGACGACACCACCGCCUCCGCCUCCGCCGCCGACCACCACCACCACAACGGAAGCGUCGCUACCUUUCCUACAGCUGUUACCUAUACAGAUACCUGAAGCUACCACGGCGCUAGCAAAGGCCCCAGCUAAAACAGGCAACAGCGUAACAAGUGAUUUUGACGUAAAUUAUUCUCAUACACGCAACAUUGGUUCGGUUUACGAGUAUAACGUGGAUUACUCGAGCGCAGGAAAAACACAAAAGCUGGUGUGUCCGAAGAGGGGAACAGCGCCUGUCAUUCUGUUCCCGAUUCCGUGCGACAACAAUGCCCAAUGCCGAGCCAGCAGCGGGCCAGACCAAGUUUGUUGCGAUAAACGUUGCGUCAAAGGUGUGCCCGCCCCACGGCCGACGUCGGCGCCGCAGACUCACCAGCCAUUACUUGGAGUGGUACCUCGAGAAUGUCCUGCGGCACCACUGGGUGAACUCUUGUUCGAAGUGCAAUCGUGCAAGACUGAUUCAGAUUGCUGGCCUCGUAUAUGCUGUCCCGACGGCACCCGCUCCUACUGUCGGACGGCACGAGCUCGCCUUGACCUGGUGCCCAUCGCUAACCAGAUAGAUGGCCCGGUACGAAUGUUGGAGCAGUAUUUACAAUGUACACCGCCACCUCAAUACGACGUGUUCCCUCAACGCUGUAGCUCCAGCGUGGAUUGCUUCCCGAACUUGUGUUGCGCGGAGGGUGGCAAAAAACAUUGCAGGCCGCCACAAAGAAGUCUUCUUGCAUUGCUGGCCGGAGUUACGCAGAGAGUUGGUUCAACAAUAGUAAACUUCCGACAAUCUCAAGCGAAUGCGAAUACUGUGUAAAUACUUGUUAGAUACCAUAGUUAUAUUUCUGUAAUUGUAUAGUUUUGAAGUUUUUUUUUUUACUUUUGUACAGAUUUUUUAAUACUUGUAAUAUAUUCUAAAUUUCUA